UACAACAUUAAUAAGAUUCAAGUUUCCAAUGUCCACUUUUAAGACUGAAAACCGUCACGGCUAUUCGGUAAAAUUUUCACCGAAUCGAUCAAACCUCCUAGCCAUAGCCACGUCACAAUAUUACGGUUUUAAAGGGGGUGGAACUUUGUUUUUGGUGACGUAUGACGAGGAUAGAUGUCUGAUAACCAAAAAAUAUGAAAUGCAUUGGGAAGACGGUCUGUUCGACGUAGUGUGGAGCAGAUCGGUGUACAGUUUACUGGUGACCGGCAGCGGAGACGGAAGCGUGCAGAUGUGGAAUUAUAAAUAUCCAUCACAAAAACCUGUCAGAACGUUCGACGAACACAAGAAAGAAGUAUGCGGYGUAGAUUGGUGUCAAAACUCCGUAGACGAUUUUUUGUUGUCCGCGUCGUGGGACUGUUCGGUAAAGCUUUGGGACCCCAACAAGUAUUGUUCGCUGACGACGUACAAGGGACACGACAGACUGGUUUACGAAGCAAAGUGGUCUCCGUUCUUGUCUUCCUGUUUUGCGUCAGUUUCAGGCGACGGGAUGUUGGACAUCUGGGACUGUUCGUCACCGCUGCGGCCGAGUGUCAAAAUAAAUGCACACCAAGCGGAGAUAUUGAGCUGUUCGUGGAACCAGUUUUACCCGUUCGUAUUGGCCACCGGCGGUGCGGAAGGGUUGAUCAGAAUAUGGGACAUACGGAAACUGUUGACGCCGAUAUUCCAGCUCGAGGGUUGCCAGGACGCAGUGAAGCGAGUACAGUGUUCUCCUCACCACUGGUCCUCGCUGGUUUCGGCUUCAUUUGAUUGCACAACAAAGUAUGUAUACACAAAAAUUUAUGCUGCUACAUCACAUGUUUCAACUUACAUUAUAAUUAUUUUCACAAUAAUACUAAUAAUAUAUUGUACUAAUGAUAUUUCGUGCGUUAAAUUUAUCUCAAUAAUUAUUAUGUAUAGGAUAUGGGAUUACAGUGUGUCGUCGGAACCCCAGGAGAGCCAUCAAAACCAUUCCGACUACGUGUACGGACUGGACAUGAGUGCUGACCAGGACGGAUUGAUGGCCGACUGCGGUUGGGACGCCGAGGCGCGCGUGUUCCGGGUAUGAGAUGAUUUAGCCGCU